GGCAUUACUGAACAAAUUGAAAAAGGAUCCGCCUUGCUUUCAACAAUAAAACCCUAAACCCCAAUCCCCCUUCUAGUCUAAAAAAUCUCUUCUUCUUCAGAGCAGCAAUGGCGGACAACUUGAUUUCUCUCGAUAGGCUCAAAGCCUUCUGGCAUUCUCAAGUCCACCAUGAACAAACCCGGGCUCACAACAUGAAACUGCUGCGAGCUGCUGGGUUAUUUGCAGGAUCAAUUCUUCUAAUGCGCAAUUAUGGCGAUCUUAUGGCUAUAUAAGGAAUUAAUGAUGGGUUGAGAGCUUCUAAGUAAUCUCAUAUUCUGUUACUCUGAUGGCAUGCUGUAGUUUUCUCUGCCAUAGCAGUUUGGAAAUGCAUGCAUUUGUUACUUAUGUGCAUGAAAUUCAGGAACCUACUUGACAACCCCUCUCUGAUAUACUCAAUUAAAGCUGAUUUCAAACAGUGUUACUAACUUUUAUGUAGCAUGCUGAUAUAUGCUUCAUUUGUUCUGGAGUUGAAUGAAAUUCCCCCCUUUCAAAUCAUUGCUGAAAUUAUUUUGGAUGACUUGUUUUAGAGCUCUGAUGCAUGUAUCGCUUCCAAAAGGUGUCAGUUCUUGUUUUCUAUUCUUAAUCCAACAAUGUUAUUGAAUGAAGCAGAAUCAAUUAUUUCUUUUUUUUUUUUUUGGUUCUUUAUAGAGAAUAAAUGUGAGGCAACUAAUGCUUAUGAACCCAAUUUCUUCCAUAUGUUCUGCUUUUUCUGGCAGGCGGAAUCUUGCAAUUGAUCCAACCAUUCCCCACUUGGCCUGAAACAUUUGAAGUGACUGUGACGCCAAUCAAAGCCGACAAAUUUUGCGCAGACUACAUGAGAUUUCAACUUUGCCGCACCGGUUCCACUCGAAUGCAUGCUUUACACAUC